CGCACUGGACGACCGCGCUGUUGCGACACUCUUCCACCUCUGCGGGGGUGUCCAUGCGCUUCCUCCCUACAUUGCGCAAAUCGGCCCCCAUCACUCCUCUCCUCCCACCGCCCCCCUCCCCCCCUGAAGCCGGUGGUAUCGUCCGACGAUCAAGGAGAGAGAGAGCGCAGUUGUCGGCUGCAGGUCGUUCGGAGAGGGACGCGCUGAGCGGCUGAGGACACAACACUAGACCCCGUCUUUAUUUUGUCUCUACUGCCCAGUGGUGCGAGUCUGAUUCUCUCCUCGUCUCUGCCUGGCAUUGUCAUCAACUUGGGGAAUACAAACAUCUUCGAAGAAUUGGUUUGAAAAGGACAGACGGCCCUCUCAGCCCCGUCCCCACACCCCAGUGAUGCUUAGCUGCUGUAUCCUAGAGGCCCACCUUGGCAGUUAGAGGAGAGGUCAUCACCAUGACAGCGUCCUCGCAGGACUCCACACCUUCGUCUAUGGCUGGCCUCUUCCUGCUCCUCCUCCUCCCGGCUGUUUUCACACAGAAGUCAGUCCCGACAACCCCGACCCCGCCGUUGUUUGACCCGCUGACCCAACCAGAGUGCACAAAGAAAGAACAUCCAAAGGUUUCCAUCCAAGCACUCAGUCCAUGGAUGUCUACUUUCUCCCACCCUGGCGUGAGAGACUACUCCCAGCUCACCCUUGACCUGACUAGGAAUGAGCUUAUUGUGGGUGCCAGAAACUACCUGUUCAGACUGGACCUCAGUAACAUGUCGCUGAUACAGGCAACAGAAUGGGCACCGGACGAGGAAACCAGGAGGUCCUGUCAGAGCAAAGGCAAAACAGAGAUUGAAUGUCAGAACUACAUCAGAGUCCUGCUGGUGAACAAGACUGAGGUCAUGACCUGUGGAACCAAUGCAUUCCUGCCACUAUGUAUUACCCGAGAGGUGGGCAACAUGAGCAGCGUGCUGGAGCGGGUGAACGGCGUGGCACGCUGCCCGUACGAUCCUCGCCACAACUCCACAGCAGUCGUGACGGAGAGCGGAGAGCUGUACGCCGCCACCGUUAUUGACUUCUCUGGCCGUGACCCCGUCAUAUACCGCAGCCUGGGGGGCAUGCCGCCUCUCCGGACCGCCCAGUACAACUCAAAAUGGCUCAACGAGCCCCACUUCAUCUCAGCGUACGACAUCGGCCUCUUCACCUUCUUCUUCCUGAGGGAGAACGCGGUGGAGCACGACUGUGGCAAGACGGUCUAUUCCCGCGUAGCGCGAGUCUGCAAGAAUGACAUCGGCGGGCGUUUCCUCCUGGAGGACACCUGGACCACGUUCAUGAAGGCGAGGCUCAACUGCUCCCGCUCCGGGGAGAUCCCCUUCUACUACAACGAGCUGCAGAGCACCUUCUACCUGCCGGAGCAAGACCUCAUCUACGGCAUCUUCACGACCAAUGUCAACAGUAUUGCAGCAUCCGCAGUGUGUGCCUUCAACCUGAGCGCCAUUACCCAGGCCUUCAAUGGGCCCUUCCGCUCCCAGGAAAACCCUCGCUCCACCUGGCUCCCCACGCCCAACCCCAUCCACAACUUCCAGUGUGGUACUAUAGAUGACGAGGGUCCCAAUGAGGGUUUGACAGAGCGCAGCCUGCAGGACGCCCAGAGACUUUACCUGAUGAACGACGUGGUCCAGCCGGAGUCUGUUGAUCCGCUGGUCAUGCAGGACGACGUUCGCUUCUCCAACCUGGUUGUGGACAUUGUUCAGGGCAUGGACACCCUCUACCAUGUUAUUUAUAUCAGCACAGAAUAUGGCACCAUCCUGAAGGCGCUGGCUACGCCCAACAAGAACCUACAAGGCUGUUACCUGGAGGAGAUGGAGCUCCUCCCAUCAGGGGUACGAGAACCAAUCCUCAGCCUGCAGAUCCUGCACAGCGACAGGUCGCUCUUCGUUGGGCUCAACAACAGAGUCCUGAAAAUCCCACUGGAGAGGUGCUCCACCUACAAAACAGAGACGCUGUGCUUGGAGGCGAGGGACCCCUACUGCGGCUGGGACUUCAGGCAGCGCAGAUGCACCACGCUAGAGGACAGCUCCAACAUGAGCCAGUGGAAGCAGAACAUCACCGUUUGUCCGCUGCGGAACCAGACCACCAAUGGUGGCUUCGGACCCUGGGCGCCAUGGCAACCCUGCAACAACGAUGACGGUGUGGAUGGCGUGAGCUCCUGUUUGUGUCGCUCCAGGUCUUGUGACAGCCCCACCCCUCGAUGUGGGGGCAAAAACUGUGAGGGCCCCACCAUCGAAGUCGCCAACUGCUCCAGAAACGGAGGCUGGACGCCCUGGUCGUCAUGGGGACAGUGCAGCACAACCUGUGGCACGGGCUUCGAGCUGCGGCAGCGCUCCUGUAACAACCCUUCACCCCGGCACGGCGGCCGUGUGUGCGUGGGGCCGAGCAGGGACGAGAGGUUCUGCAAUGAAGGGGUGUCCUGUCCUCAGCCCAUCUUCUGGUCUCCAUGGGGAUCGUGGACCAAGUGCAGCACCGAGUGCGGGGGUGGUGUCCACUCCAGGGUCCGUACUUGUGAGAAUGGCAACAGCUGCCCGGGAUGUGCACUGGAAUACAAGGCCUGUAACCUGGAGGCGUGUCCAGAGGUGAAGAGGAACACACCUUGGACACCUUGGAUGCCCGUCAAUGUUACGCAGGGCGGAGCUCGUCAGGAGCAGAGGAUGCGCUACAUGUGCCGAGCGCACCUGUCUGAUCCCCACGAGCUGCAGAUCGGACGCAGGAAGGUGGAGACGCGCUUCUGUCCCAACGAUGGUACAGCAGCCUGUGAGACAGACACCCUCGUCGAGGAGCUCUUGAAGACACCGGUGGUGAGAGUGGCGGGCGCUGGCUGGUCGUCAUGGGAGACCUGGUCAAGCUGCUCACAGAGCUGUGCCAAAGGUUACCGCACCCGUCGGCGAACCUGUGCUGGGCCGGAGGGGAAGAGUGCUCCUGUUGCGUGCCGUGGCUCGCCUGUGGAGUACCAGGACUGUAAUGUCCAGGCAUGUCCUGUGAAAGGUGCGUGGUCCUGCUGGUCGUCCUGGUCUCAGUGCUCGGUGGGUUGUGGCGGCGGUCACUACCAACGCACGCGCUCUUGCAACAGCCCUGUGCCUUCCAACGGAGGGGACAUCUGCAUAGGACUGCACACAGAAGAGGCCCUGUGCAACACACACACCUGCGAUGAUGGUUGUGCCGCGAGAAGGGAACAGGUGGUGGAGACUGAGCAGCCUGUCGCUGAGCACCAGACUGAUAGGGAAGGUGGCUGGAUGGCCUGGUCGCUGUGGUCGGCCUGUGAUGAUUCAGGCUUGCAGAUGAGGAGUCGGGUGUGUGGUGCUCAGGGCAACACCCCCUGUGUGGGGAACAGCACUCAGCGCAGAGACUGCAAUGAAAUACCUGUCAUUCUCCCUGCAUCUGGUUUUGAUAAGGACAAACACUGUGGAGCGUUCACCUCCAUCCACCUAAUCGCCACCGGUGUGUCUUGUUUCCUCGGGGCGGGGCUGCUGUCCUUCCUGAUCUACGUCUACUGUCAACGUUUCCACAAGCCCUCGCAGGAGUCUGCCGUCAUUCACCCCACCACCCCGAACCACCUCAACUAUAAGGGCAACACCACGCCAAAGAACGAGAAGUACACGCCCAUGGAGUUCAAGACACUGAACAAAAACAACUUGCUGCCAGAUGAAAGAUCCAACUUCUACCCAACACCGCUGCAGCAGACGAACGUCUACACCACCACCUACUAUCCCACAGCGCUCGGCAAGUUCGACUACCAGCCCAACUCCUCCCCUUCGCCAUGCAGGACCUACAACCACAGCAACAACAGCUGAGACACGCCCCACAACUGGCUCUCCUGCUCCCCCGCCCCCCCUGCCGCCGCCCCAAACGAACACCACCCCAAUGCCAUGGUGACAUAACUGAACCGACAUGAACUGAAAUGUUUCUCAGAGCCAGAGGUUCCUCCGUUCGCCAUCGCCCCUCUCCUCACCCCCGUAGUCUCUUCCGCAUGGUAGGGUUUGUGUUUUCAAGGGCGUUUCUGGAACUUUCCAUUAGAAGACGUGGGUUUGGACAACAAUGCCCAUGUCCUGGUGCAGUCAGGGACUGAUGCAACCAGCUCGGGGGUGUUAUUUUAAGGGCCUGACUUGACAAAGCAGUGUCAACCCGGAGCUUCGUCUUCAUGUGGGGAUCCAGUGGAAAACGAUGAGUCAUGGCUUUAGACUGAUUAAUGUGACCUGAACACCUCAGCGCAGGUGCUGAGUCUAGAAUCCACAAUUGCAGAAAAGAACGAGAACAGAACAUUUAAAAAAAAAAAAAAAUCCAUUUCUCUGGAAUUGGGUCACCGCUUUACGCCUCUCCAUUUCAAGCCCCAUUCUCAGCCUGUAAUGAACUUGGAGUCCCUCGACAACAAAAGCAGUUACUGAGAACAAACAGCGCAUAUCAUUACAUCCUUGCCACACAGCACGGCACGAGAGAGCAACAACAAAAGAGAAAACUCAAUGAAGUCGAUGAUGAAAUAAAUUAGAGAUCAAUAUCAGCUUGGUUCUUCGGGAGCGGAUGCACACCCUGCAUUGUUGGAAUUUCACGUGACAGAAAAGAUAAGAACUUCAGAGUCGAUUUAGUGUUUGAAUGGAUGUUUGGAGGAGUCGCAACGCUAAACAUCAGCCUGAGGUGGAGAGAAAUAAUCUCUAAAAUCUGCCUGUGAUCGGAGUCACGCCUUUUGCGGACAAGGACGUUCAUUCGUAGAGUCGAAGCAAGGGGGGUUGUGGGACGCGGUCUGAAAUGUACAUAAAGCUUUGGGAAUGCCUUGGGUGCCUGUAUGCAAUAGAGGGCAGGGGCGAGGUUUGUUUCCUUUCUAUUUCUUCUGUUUUAUUUUUUCCCAAGAACAAUAAAGACUUCUGAAAGAGAAUUGAUUGAUUCUCCAAUUGAUUCUCCAAAGGAUGCAUCAAUUCUACUGAGUGUUAAAUAGCUCGGUGGUCAUAUCAAAUAUGGCCAGUGUGCUGAACAACUGGAUUGGGUUUUCUAUGAUGGUAGAAUAAGCUAGUAGACUGGCACUUGUUCUUUUUUUUUUUCUUUUUUUUUAGUGUUUGUUUUUUAAGAUAAUUGUUUUAUGCUCUGAUGAGCUGUAGCAUAGGAGGACAUAUUUUGUUAAAUAAGAUAUAGCUGAUUAAUUGUUGUUUCUCUAAUUUCACUUCAAUGAACAAACACAUUCCUUUUGCUUUCUUGAUUUUUUUUUUAAACAGUUUGUCGCAUCUUCAAUACCUGAAAUGUUAACACGAAGAAAAAGAUUACUGAUAUGGUUUUUACAAAAAAAAUUAUUGUAACAAAACAUUUAUUUGGCCCUGCUUGAAAAAGAAGAACAAAAAAACACAAAAAAAAGUAAAUUAUGCUUGCUUAGAAGUUUGCCUGUGUGAAGAUCAAACUGAGUGCAUGUGUGUGUAGAUGUGUGUACAUGCAAACACAUGUACUCUAUGUGUGUCUGUAUGCCUGAAUGAGCAAAGGGGUGUAACUGUAUUUUGUACAAUGUAAAUGCUUUCAUACAUAUGACUAUAUAUGAGAAGACAUUUGUUUUGUUUUUGUUUUAUUCUUUGGUGCAUUUUGUUUCCACAUUCUGUCACUGACACUCCAGGCACUCUACUGGUUUUUCUAUAUUUCAUGUAUGAGAUGUUAAUCAUUGUAAGUUAAAGCAUCGCACCUCUGGUUCCCACAGAGGUGGAACAGACUCUAUUUAUAGUCAAAGCUUGGUUUAUAAAAGGGCAUUUUCACAGCUAUAUUUUAUUAUUAUUGCCUGAUCGAUGAAUGCUAACCCAGCAAUGCUUUUCACAUCAGCUACUGUACAUGCACGAGAUGAGAGCUCUAUCUGUAUAUAGGAGCGACAGCCUUCUGCAGCCCAUCUAAUGACCCUGAAGAGGAUCGUGUAAAUGUAUCUGUAUAUUGUAUAGCUAACACUGUUUGUUUAAAAAAAAAGCCUUAUAGUUGUUUAAAAAAAAAAAAAAAAAAAAGUGCAGCAGCUAAGUACACACCAACCAUGAGGUUUGUUUGGGGACAGAGCUCCACAAUGUGACCCAACUGCCUGUGGCUUACGACCUUUCCCAGCUGCUCAAACAUCAAAUUUCCAGAGAGACACAUGAACCCCGGCUGAAAAUAACUCAGCAUAGCACUGAUAAUAUGAGAGAGUAUCAAAUAGUACAGACAGCUUCUGAAUUCAGAAUUCAGAAGUCGGCUUUUUGAUCAAAGCUAACCCUCUAUUGGCCUGUUGUGAAAGCCUGCCGUCUGAUUGGUCAAUUUUGAGCUCUGUCCCCUGCGAUGUGAGGCUCUGUGCCCUUCUAUGCAACUUACCAGGUGUACUGUUAGACCUGUCAUGUAGACUGUAAUCACUGCCUUUUAGACACUGUGAAUUUUUUGGUACCCUAUAUUUUUGUAUAUUGUACAUUAUAAAGGAUAAUAAACCUUGAUGCCAACGCACCCGGUGUGGCUAGUAAGCUCUGUUGGAGUUACAGUUUUGGGGAGGAUUUGAAUUUUUUUUUUUUUUUUUUUUUUAAAGGCUGACAUUUGUGGUAUUUUUAAACUGAAGGUGUCAAUAAAGAGUUGAAGAUGGUGCGGUCUGA